UUCCCUGUGUGCCGCUCUGUUACAAGCUGGGCCGUCCCUGUCGCGGUCCUCCCCUCCGUUGAUGGGCGCUGCCGGCAGGGUCAGCGCCUAGUUGUGUCCUUGCGGACGCCCGGCGGACGCCGCAGAGCAGACGCGCGGCUGCUAGCGAACGGCCGUGUUCUGAGGAGAGCAGCGGUCGUGAGCGCCUCAGCAAUGUUGUGUCGGGCGGCGUGCAGCGCGGGCAGAAGUCUGGGCCCCGCGGCCAGUGUUGCGGGCUCCCGGCACAAGCACAGCCUCCCCGACCUGCCUUACGACUAUGGCGCGCUGGAGCCGCACAUUAACGCGCAGAUCAUGCAGCUGCACCACAGCAAGCACCACGCGACCUACGUGAACAAUCUGAACGUCACCGAGGAGAAGUACCACGAGGCGCUGGCCAAGGGAGAUGUUACGACUCAGGUUGCUCUUCAGCCUGCACUGAAGUUCAAUGGCGGGGGCCACAUCAACCACAGCAUUUUCUGGACAAACCUGAGCCCUAAGGGUGGUGGAGAACCCAAAGGAGAGUUGCUGGAGGCUAUCAAGCGUGACUUUGGGUCCUUUGAGAAGUUUAAGGAGAAAUUAACAGCCGUGUCUGUGGGAGUCCAAGGUUCAGGCUGGGGCUGGCUUGGCUUCAAUAAGGAGCAAGGUCGCUUACAGAUUGCCGCCUGCUCUAAUCAGGACCCACUGCAAGGAACCACAGGCCUUAUUCCACUGCUGGGGAUUGACGUGUGGGAGCACGCUUACUAUCUUCAGUAUAAAAACGUCAGACCUGACUAUCUGAAAGCCAUUUGGAAUGUAAUCAACUGGGAGAAUGUUAGCCAAAGAUACAUAGUUUGCAAGAAGUGAAGCCCUUCGGCCAGGCUGUGUGUCAGGCCCGUGGUGGGUGUUUUGUAGUAGUGUAGAGCAUUGCAGCACUGUGGCUGAGCUGUUGUAAUCUUCAUUGAUGCCUAUCCACAUAUGUGUAAGCAUACAGUUAUGAUAAUUUCUUAAUUAAAUGUAUUGUUAGGCAACUGUUUGAGAACAGUACAUACUUGGUGUGAGCUGCUCUUGAUUGAACAUUUUCAUUAGAGGCUUGAAUUGCUUGGACGCUGUCACUGUCAUCAUAAGGCCAUCAAAGAUAUUCCAUCUCUGUGUUGGGGCCUGUGGGGAGGCUGUAAUCCUGUUCUACUGCAGUUAGGAAAAAAAUGAGUUAUCCCCCCCCCCCCCAGAAUUGUUGAAUAAUAAAAAAGAGAACUGAAUAGUUCUCUUUUCUGUUAAAAAUUGCUGUUUUUCAUAAGUAAUCCUUUGUUUAGCAGAUAUCACCUAGUGGUCUUUAUUUAUGGCCACAGUUUCACAGAAACACCAUUUUUUCACUUGAAACGUGUAACUAGGCUAAGGAUGGAUGAAGUGGUAGAGCCUUUGCCUGUCUUAUGUGAGGCCCUGGGCUCUACCUCACUACUGAAAACAAAUCACAGACCCACAGCUCGGCUCCUGACUGACAACUGUUGACAACUGUUAAUUCGGAGAGGAGUGAAAUUGUGCCUCUGGGUUUUUUUAUAGGCUGAGAUGCAAAAAACGUUAAUCUUGUCUUUUAAAACCGACUGUGUAUUGUAUGAAAGUGCUCAAGAUGGACAAAGUAUGCAGGGCCUGUCCAUGACGUCAGCAUGGGGACUAGGCCACAGGGCAUUCAGGGAAGCCGUUCAGCCCCAUUAAUUGUGUAUCUCAGGAGAACUGGAGCCUGGGUGAGGUGGCACCUUUCUCAGUAGAGGCAAACGGGUUUCUGAGUGAGGUCAGUAGGGUGUCUGAGAACAUUAGUUUUCAGAGACAUGUAUUUUCAUUUUUUCUGCAGUCUCAAGAACUUAUACUCACAAGAGGGCCUUUGUGUUGUUAUUCAAUAGGAGGACACCCUUUCCCUGACAAGGCGCACAGUGUUUCCGAUUGUGUUCCUGUGCAGCAUUUGGGUGUAGAGCUGUGCACUGUUGAAAUGCCUUUGUGAAUUUGCCUUUUCACAUUUCAUCUCACCAUCUUCCUUGUUUUCUUUACUGACUAUGUAAUGUUUUAUCAGUUGGGUAUUACUGAAUAGUUUGUUUGUGUUUAAUUGCUGUUUAUUACCAAAAAGGCUGUGGUCAGCAACCCCAGGCAUGCACAUUACUUCUUAAUGGAGUAUUUUUUAAAGGUUUAUUUUAAUUUUAAUUAUGUGUGUCUGUGUAUGUUCUGUUCAUUGUCCCCAUGGAAGACAGAAGAAAUUGUUGGGUCUGGGUCCCUUGGAGCUGGAGUGGUGCCCAUGAGCUGGGACUUGACGGGGAUCAUCCUCGAGAGCAAUAAGCACUUAACCACUGAGCCCCCUGGAAUUUUUUUUUUCUAAAUAUUGAGUUUUUUCUUAAACCUAUUUUGUAAUUUGUCCCAAGUUAUUUUCAAAUCCUCGCCUCAAGUAUAUUUUUCUUUUUCUUUUUAAUGGAAAAAUGGAGUGACUUAGCAGUUUCAAUAUUGAAGACUAAAGUUAAAAAAAAACAACAAACUUUAAAUUCAAAGCACUUUUUGGCACUCGGUGUAGAAGCUAGUCAGAUGUUGUGAGUGUCUGCUGAUGAAGUGACCUGUAGGAGUGAGUAGAGCCAUUGUACAGAACAGCGACUCAACUGAGCAAACGUGUCCCGUGGUUCUGCUUAGCCUUGGUUAUGAGGCUGCGAACUCUUAAACAGACCUCAGGAGAGCCUUUGAUGGUGGACUUCUGAAGACAAGUCUUUAGGCCAGAGUUUAUCUUGAGCUAACAGAUUUGCAGAGACUACUGACUUUAUAUAACUUUGACUCCUACUAACUAAGCUUUCAGAUUAAAAAACAAAAGUCAAUGUUGAAAUUUC